UAUUUUCUUUUUGUUGUUUUGUUGCAAGAAUUUUCUCAUCUUUCUCGAAAUAAAUUUUCGUAAGAGUUACUUUAGUUGAUUGAAUUGGGGGUUCUUUUAAUUAAAUAAGAAAUUUAGCAAUGAGAAUAACUUAAAGUUUUCAAUAAAUAUUUGGUAACACCAAAGUACAAAUCCUAUUCAUCGCCAUCGAAUCAUUACAAUAUUUCGUACGAAUUUGGUCUUGUGUGGGCGUAUGUAGUGAGUUAAACGAAGAAGACGACGACGAUUUUAACGACGAACCACCAGCUUUGGAAAAUCCCGUUGAGAGGCUCCUCAAAUCUAUUCCUUGUCAGCUAACCGCCACUACCAGUGCAACUAUUAGCAAUCAGCGGCGACGUUUCCAUACAUGUAAUGCUUUGAUGUUGAAAGCGAUUCUUGGAAGUGAGACCGAUACCGCUGAAGACAGUGGUGGUGGAAGUGGAAGCUGCGGGUCUGGCUAUAAUACAGGUAAUAGUUGUAGCGUUGGCGUGAGCAGUAGCUGCAGUGGCUGUGGAUGUUCAUUUACAAGUGGUUGUGAAAAGUGUGGAAGUCGGAAAGGCCGGAAAGGAACUUGCACAAGGAAGAUGUCGCAUUCUAGUUCGAAUUCGAUAAAAGUACACAAAUCUGUGUCGCCUGGAAGUUUCAGUUGCAAUGCUCUUAAUGUAGAUUUCUCUUCGUACACAGCCACUCACCAAUGGACAAAGACUCUGGAGUGCGCUGAAUUUGUAGGAGCAAAGAGAAGCAAGCAUACAGUGGUAGCGUAUAAAGAUGCUAUGUUUGUGUUCGGGGGAGAUAAUGGCAAGAAUAUGUUAAAUGACUUGAUACGAUUUGGUGUCAAAGACAAGUCUUGGGGAAGAGCCUGUGCCACUGGAACUCCUCCAGCACCCAGGUAUCAUCAUUCGGCAGUUGUCUAUGGAAGCUCAAUGUUCAUGUUUGGUGGUUAUACUGGUGAUAUCCAUUCCAACUCCAAUCUAACAAAUAAAAAUGAUUUGUUUGAAUACAAGUUUCAGACAGCUAUGUGGGUCGAAUGGAAAUUCUCUGGCAGAAUGCCAGUUCCACGAUCAGCACAUGGAGCAGCAGUGUAUGAUCAUAAAAUGUGGAUUUAUGCUGGCUACGACGGUAAUGCGCGGCUCAAUGAUAUGUGGACCUUAAAUCUAACGGGUGAAAAUCAUCAAUGGGAAGAAAUUGAACAAAAUGGAGAUCGACCACCUACUUGUUGCAAUUUUCCCGUUGCCGUUGCAAGAGAUUGCAUGUAUGUUUUCUCAGGACAAAGUGGAUUGCAAAUUACCAAUUCCCUGUUUGAAUUUCAUUUCAAAACCAAAACUUGGCGACGAAUUUCGAACGAACAUGUCCUCCGUGGUGCCUCGGCUCCUCCAUCUCGCCGUUACGGACACACAAUGGUGCACCAUGAUCGCUUUCUGUACGUUUUUGGUGGAUCAGCCGAUUCUACAUUACCUAACGACCUUCAUUGCUACGAUCUUGACUCCCAAGUUUGGUCGAUAAUUCAACCAGAGCCGAAUUCCGAUGUUCCAUCUGGGCGAGUAUUUCAUGCAUCAGCUGUCAUUAGCGAUGCUAUGUACAUCUUUGGAGGAACUGUUGAUAAUAGUGUUCGGCGUGGUGACACUUAUCGUUUUCAAUUCUCCAGCUAUCCAAAGUGUACACUCAGAGAUGAUUUUGGAAAAUUCUUCAACGAGAAACAAUUCUGUGACAUUCAAUUUAUCGUUGGUCCAGAAGCGAUCAAAAUUCAAGCACACAUAGCCUUUGUAGCUGCACGAUCAAAAUUCUUACGAACAAAAAUAUUGGCUGCUCGCGGGGCUAGCAAUGCUAACUUACAAAAGUUAAUAGGAACUGCAGAUGUACCCUUUAACGAUCGACCAUUGUUGGAAGUGCGGCUGUUGAGUGCUCCACCGGAAGCUUUUGAAAUUAUUUUGAAUUAUAUUUAUACCGACCGAAUUGAUUUAAAGGAUUCAUACAGCAAGAAUAUUGUGAUUUUGAUAACCGACAUAUACCAACUAGCUGGACAAUUUCUAAUGCCUAGACUGGCUCAAGGAUGCAUACAAUAUUUGGACUUUAAGACAUCGAAACAAAAUGUAUUAGAAGCGCUAUAUAAUGCAGACAGACAUAAGAUACAAAUUAUUAAGGAUCAUUGCAUGCAGUUUAUUGUUAAGGAAGAAAACUUUUCUGAUGUUGUAAUGUCGAGUGAGUUCUGUGAUUUAGAUAAGCCACUUUUGGUAGAGAUAAUAAGGAAAAGAUUGAAUCCAAGCAAAUCCAACCCGGAUGCUAAUCUCGAAAAAAAUGUAGGAACCACCCUGGAAAGCGAUAUGGCAGUCUUUUUGGAAUCAUGUGGCAAGGAUUUUUGUGAUAUCAACCUUGUCUUGGACGGACAAGUUAUCCCAGCUCAUAAAUCGAUUCUUUCAGCUCGCUGUUCAUAUUUUCAAGGAAUGUUCCGGUCAUUCAUGCCCCCCGAUAACACGGUUAAUAUCCAAAUUGGAGAAAUUUCUCCAUCUCUUGAGUCGUUUAGCUCCCUCUUACGUUACAUAUAUUAUGGUGAAACAAAAAUGCCUCCCCAAGAUGCUCUUUAUUUAUUCCAAGCUCCCUGCUUUUACGGCCUAUCUAAUAACCGUUUGCAUGCAUUCUGCAAAUACUCUCUUGAACAUAACAUCACCUAUGAAAAUGUGCUGCAAACUUUGGAAGCAGCCGAUUUUACCAAGAUCACCGAUAUUAAAGAAUAUGCUUUGAAGCUUAUUGUUAAAGAAUUUGCCGCGGUUGCACGUUUGCCUAAAAUGACCGGUCUUAGUCGAGAUUUGCUUUUGGAAAUCAUUCGGGCUGUAGCCGAUGCCCAUGGCGAAUUUCUAACCACUAUAAGUAUCAAUACUGAUCUUUGAAAAUUAGUAUUUAUACAGCCAGCACUAACAAUGCUGUUGGCAUGGCUACAAAUUAGCGAUUACCGGUAAAUGAGAACCGUUUAUCCGAUUAAAUUUGUAUUUCCUUUACUAGUACAACGGUGCGUUUUGGAAUUUUAAUUUUAUCUAAAUUUUCAAAACCUAUGACCGAUGCCUACUUUCAAUUGUGAUAUACAUUAAACAAAAUAUAUGAUUAUAAUUUUUGUAUUGUAAAAUUAAUUUUUUCAUCGGCAAUUUCAUUUUUUUAUUCAUAUUAUGAACUUGAGUUAGCUUUUAUUUAUUGCAUAGGAUUAAAAUAUUUUUUUUUACAAGUUGUGUUCUUUAUGUACGAGUAUAUUAUCAAGUUAAAAGUAUAAUGUUUGCAAAUAUAGAGUAGGAUGAAGAAAAUAUAUGCAUGUUGUUCAGUAAACUAUUGGAUAGCCUUGUUAUUAGAUCAAGCAAUUCCUUAGGCGAUUCAAAAUAUAUUUACCAUUUGGACUCUGUGUAAUGUUCUGUUAGUAUUGCUGAUUUAAAAAUAUAUAAUUUUAAAAAAUUCUCAAAUUACUCAAAUUUUGUUGUCAGUGAUGAUCAAAGAGUCUUGGAAGCAGUCCUUAAAAUCCAAAUUUGAAUCAGUUGAUACCAAAAUAACUAUUCAUACUUUAAACAAAAAAAUAAACAUAAACAUCGACUUUUAACGAAAACUAUUGAAGCAAAAAGAUUUAGACAAAACAUUGAAUAGCAACUUUUUAAAGUGUUUGGAAACAUAUAUCUAUGUAUAUGCAUUUUUUAUAAUUUAAGGAAAAUCAGCAAUUUUGAAUAUAUAAUCAAUUCCUCAAGGAAAUAUUAUUUUAAGUACUUAUUUAAAAAAAAAAAGAGCAUCACACAGGCCAUUAAGUUAAAUUAAUAAAAAAUUAAUAAAUGGUCUUAAAACCGGCUGCAUCUAGUUUAAAGGAUAUCCUUUAUUUAUUUGAUACUCUGUACAUAAUAUAUUAUUGGUAAGCAUAAGGUGAUGAUGUAGGCUAUUUUAAACUUCGUAUGUUAUAAUGUGUGUUUGAAUAUUUAAAUAAAUUACUUGUUUUUAGCUAUUGACGGCAAAUAAAGUGAAUUAAAGUUAAAUUAAA